AUGCAGUUCACCACCGUCAUCACCAUCGGCCUCGCCACCUCCACCAGCAUGGCCCUUCCCUCCUUGUCCAACGCAAAGGUCGCCGCCCUCGCAGCCCCCUACGUCCCCUCCCCACUCGAGGACCGCGCCUCCGUCAGCGACAUCAAACUCGAGGCACGUCAGGCUUCAUCCAACAGCACCGAGAAGCCCAAGGCCACCAUCAGAGUCUGCACCGAGCCUGACUUUGAGGGCGAAUGCUAUAUCUCCACCUGGCCAGUCAACACGUGCAUUGACCUGAGGGGCUACAAGGGUAUCACGGAGAGCUUCGAAGUGUUCGAUGGCUUCGAGUGUUUGGUGAUGCAGGGAGCCUGUGAUGCCGCUACUGGGUACGUCUCGAUCGGUGACUCUGGUGAAGACGCAGAGAUCGGCGAGGACCUGACGAAGUUUGACUGGAUCAAGGCAUGUUCAUGA